UUGGAGGACAUUGCCUAUCAUGCUCUUGAAAGACGGCAUAAUCCACUGCAGGUAAAGGUCAAAGCCGGUCUCCUUAGGGUGUAAUAGUCCCUCACGCACGGAAUAAUGACCAGCGUCCUGUUCGCCUUCAAUCUCGUCGCGGUCGUGAUGUACACUACAGGUGUCUUCAGGGACUUCUCGCUCAUUUUUUACACGCUCAACACGAUACUGGUGUCGAACUCCUCGCUGCACCUCCGCUCCUUCGCGCGCGCGCCAUCCGUACCCUCGUGUCCGUCAGAUAUGUCUAGCAUUCGCUUCCUCAGCGCACGAAUCAGCAGGACACUGGGGGGACCGCUAUCCCACGACGGUGCACUCGAGGGAGUCGACGACAUUGGUAGCAACGAGAGCGACCCAGACGAACAUCGGGGCGGUACUAGAUGGGUCAGGGACGCAAGUCGUACGGAGGCAGAUGUGUACACUCGUGGAAGUCGCUGCACUGCUGUCGGGGAUCUCGAAAACACGCCGCAUUGAGGUCCUGCCCUCUCGCCCAUUGUGUCAGAAUGUCAAAUGCCUUGCCACGUCUUAAUCUAUAUCAUGCCUGUCGACGGAUUGAUGCA